UGUGUUGUCUGUAUUGAUUGUCAAUUUAAUUAUUGAUGACUUGACAGGUGCUAGGGCAUUACUGCACACGGUCAAUGACACAUUGGUGGUAAUGACGCACAGGCGGCCUGUAGUCACAUUCUAACGUCAGUUGGUGUUUCAAAAGCACCCACUCAGUAUAAAUGUAGCUAUUAUAACUAAUUACUUAAGACACAUGAACUAUUGUAUCAGACAAAUCCGUGAUUUAUUAACGGAGGGUGCUGAUAUUCUGACUUAGCCAGACAUUUUUUCAGCUGGUGCCUAUUAGCUGUUGAAUGUAACUACCUUGUUUUGGGGGAUGUUUCCUUCUCUCUGGUUGCUACACUCAUUUGUGGGGGACUUGAUGUUGGAAAGUAUAUAUACUGUUUUUUUUUAAAAGAAAAAAUAGGUCCGGAUGGAAGUAUCUUAUAUCUUUGGUUCCUACAUUCAUGUUUCUUGGAAGAUAAACUCGAUUUGAACUUUGAUCCCUUAACUAGACACGUCUCCCGUGUCCCAGACCUCCAGCCUUGAACCCACUGUCUUCCAACAUCUUGCGUGACAAUCAGCCAGGAGGCAUAUCUCUAUCUGAAACUAUUGGACACCUUUUCGAGGAUAUUUUAUUUUUUUAAACAAAUUUCACUGCAAGCACCAACAGUCUUCAGCUGUCAGUUGCAGGUGAUCUGUGGCUGUGAGGAUGCAACCGUUGGCGUUAAAGGUCCUGGUCUCAACACUGCUGCUUCUAGCAGUGGUUCCCUCUGUGUACUCAGAGUCAGAUUGUUCUCAAGCCGAGUCAUGUGACCUGUGCGUUGGUGACUCCAUGCUCAACCUGACGAACUGUGUCUGGAGGCUUUGUCCAAAUGGUAAUGAUACAGGCAUGUGUGUGACUGAUGGUGGAAACCCGACAGACAUCGGCAUGAACUGUAGCUGGACUAGAGUGCCUGAAUUGUGCUCAGUUGUAGAGACUGUCGCUGAGGGAAGAGGUGAAAGUGACGGAAGUGACACCGACUCACCCUCAGAGUUCUCCCAGGCCAAGUUUGACAUGUCCAGUUUCAUCGGAGGCAUCAUUCUCGUGCUGUGUGUGCAGGCCGCCGGCUUCUUCGCCAUGCGCUUCCUCAAAUCCAAAGAGCAGAGCACUUACGACCCCAUAGAGCAGCCACAAUGAAGACAAGAUGUAUGACGGGCUGGCGGGCGAGGCUGGAGGACAGCAGAGUGCGACGCAUCAAGUUCUGACAACAAAAGUGUCCCCUCCGGACCCCAGAGGCCCGAGGUCAUUUGUUGGUUUGGUCCCCACAUUUCCCCCUGGGUGAACGGAUGUUUUCAUAAGAUGAUAUUUUUCUCAGAAUAUCACAAUAUGUAACGAGUGUCUCUUUGUGUGUUCACUGUGUUUUUAUAGCAUAUAUAUUCUAAAGAUAUUUGGGCUGCAUUCACUCAAUCACAGAAAGGAGAAACUAAAAGGCACUAGUAUCCUCAGCAAAUCCCUGUUUUGAGCAAUAACUACUGUCAAUUUUCCCCACAAGAACAAGUGUUUUCAUCUUACAAACAACAAGCGACCUGUAGUCGUUUCAACUGUGUAAAUAGUACGGUGCGGUUGUGGAAAAAGACUGAUUUAAUCCCACUGUACACGUUGUAUGAGAAAAGGUCACUUAGACUAAAAAAAUAAUAAUCUUAAAAUAGACCAAAAUUAUAAUCUGAAUUACUUUGUUCAUCAUCCCAAAAGACAUCUGUGUUUCAUGUGGAGAUGCACAACUAUCUUGUGUUUUAUUUGAAUCAAUUAAAAAUGUAAUAUUUGUAUAUAUUAUACCUUUCAUUUAUUUACUUGCAGUGACUUAAGUAAUUUAGUUGGAGAGCCUAAGGAAACGGCUCUUCAAAGGCCCUAGACCCCGUGUUUGGGAACAUUUAUACUUAGUUUUCAGAGCAGUAGUAGAUUGAGCACCUCUCUGCUGAUCCAUAGCGAAGAUUCUUUUUAUCCAAAUGUUUUUAUAAAUUCAGUUCAGAGAAGAUUUCUGUUUCAACUGCUCAUAUUUACAUCGUAUAGAAAGCAGCUUUAAAAUGUUUAUUAAGACUUUAAAGAGUUGUGAUGUGACCCGGUUUACUUAUGGUGAUGCUGGUUGAGUUUAAAAGUACCUACAUGGUUUGUGUGUGAUGCCACUCAGCAUAAAAAUGCUUCAAAACGCUGGCCACCUGAAUAAACUAAGAAAAACUA